GCAGCGGAGGGCGUGGACUGUUUACUGCUCCAUGAGUCAGAGAGCUAGCUGUGUGUCCCAGGGAGACAGGACGCUGCUGCCUGCACAAUACACUGCUGCACCCAAGCCUCACUAUUUGGGGACGUUAAUAGUAACAAGAUAGGGAAUUGUCAGUACACAAAGCAGGGAUUGGACAGAUAAGGGCCUGCUGAGGAAGUUACAGGAGUCAUAUAGACAGCAUUAGAGGGAAGCAGAGAGUGCUCCAGGCAGGAGGUAAAAGUCAUUAACCCCGAGCAAGAGUGUGGGACUGUCCAGCAAGCACACCACUAGGGCAGGAGGGAUAGAGCAGUGCACUGGGUGUGUGGCUUCCUUUCAGGUAGUCUUUAAAUGGGAGUUCUUGAGGCUAAAUGAAAGCUGGAUGACUAAGAGGAGGCAGGUGGCCAUAUAAAGGAAGCCGUGGUGACUGAACAAUGGAUAUAGAUGACGAGGAACCGCCAGUGCCUCCAUUCUGGGAGGAUGAGAGAGUGCAUUAUAUGGGUAGAUUGCUUCAGCGUAUCCUGAAGGUCAAGGAAGACCGGUGGAUAAAGUUUGUGGAGGAUGAGCAGAACGAGAAGACAUUGAAGGACUUUUUUGAUCAAGUAGAACAAAUCAUGAUGAUGUUCUCUCUUACGAGUAAAGGCGGAUUGUCCGUAACUCAAGAGACUAGUGUAAACGCAAGAGGUAAAACGGUUUACAUCAUGAAGAAGGUGCCGACAACUGUUGGACUAGAAAACUACAAGAAAGUCCUGAUAUUUGGAGAAUUAUCUGGCAUAUCUUUCAACCAGACAUCUACACUUCUGGAAGAGGUGUUGGUGCCUGUCCUUUCUAAUCAGAAGAAUCCCAAGUCUUUGUCAACCUCACAAGAUAUGGAGCUUCAUGUAGAGUCUCUGAAGAAUAAGAUCCUGAUAGUAAAAGGACUACUGUCUGGGAGAACCAUUUUACCCCUUCCCACCAAAUUAUUAGCGAAUGAACCAAACCAGAUCAGUCCAAUCAAAAAGGAAUAUGUAUUUGAUAGAGGAGCCCUUCAUGCAUUUGAAUCCAUGUUGAUCAAAUGGUCCUAUCAGAUUCGAGAUGUCAUUGAAACAGAUUCUUCACAGCCUCUUGUAAAAGGUCUCAAUCCAGGUCCAUCAUCUGAGCUUGAUUUCUGGAAAGAUAGAUGGGCAAAUCUUGCUAGUGUAUAUGAGCAGCUCCAGGCACCUGUCAUCCAGAAAAUGGCUUCCAUCUUGAAGGAGAAAGAGAGCAGUUACUACCCAACAUUGCAGAAUAUAAUUGAGGAGGUAAAAAAUGCACUUGUUGAAGCUGAAGAUAUAGACCUCCAUCUGAGAACACUAGGACCACUGAUAAGGCAAUUAGAGGAAACAGAUUUCCCCCAGGUUCAUGUUUUAAUUCCUCCACUGUUCCACACGAUUUGCCUGAUCUGGAGUCACUCCUCAUUUUAUAACACUCCUGCACGGAUCAUUGUUCUACUGCAAGAGUUCUGCAACUUGCUCAUUGAUCAGGUAAAAUUGUACCUUUCACCGGAAGAUCUUUUCAAAGAGGAAACGGAGGAAGCACUGGAACACGUACAGAUUGCAGUGAAUGUCUUCAGGAGCUUCAAGCUCUCGUUUCAGAGUCACAGAAGCAAUCUGGGGUCAUAUUACCCGGAUAGCAAUGCAUUCAAACCUUGGGAUUUUCGCUCUCAACUAGUAUUUGCCAGAUAUGACAGAUUUCUUGAGCGCUUAAUAAAGAUCGAGGACAUUUUGAAAACAAUUCUAGAGUUUCAAAAACUAGAAAAACUAGAGUUUGGAGGAGGUAAGGGGAACAUACUGACUGAACAGAUCAUACAUCUUUAUGAAGACUUUGUCGAGAAGUGCAAAGUGUUCCAAGAGAGCACGCUAGAUCCUACGGAUUACACCAAUAUGGAGUUUGAACAUGAUUAUACAGAGUUCUUGGCCAAAGUAUUGGAUCUUGAGACCCAGAUUGCAACAAUGAUAUGCCUCGCUUUCAAAGACUGUUCUGGUUUAGAAUCUGCAUUUAAGCUGCUGGCCAUCUCUGGCUAUUUCCUGGAAAGACGGGCCAUUUUGGAUAUUUUCAGCCCAAACUAUUUAAUACUCCUCCAAAUGUACAGCGAAGAGCUUGAUAAAUGCAAGCAGUUAUACGAUGAGCAUAUUAAACAGAUGGAAACCUGUGUUGUGCACAAAAAUAUGCCAGUCAUUUCCGGCAUAUUGAAAUGGACGAAGGAACUUAAGGACCGAAUUCAAACAAUGUGGUCAAAUUUCAGAUUUAUCCAGCACGAGAGCAUGGAAAGUCCAGAAGCCUCGUCCAUUUAUCAGAAAUAUAUGGAGAUGAUGACCUUACUGGACCAACAUGAGGAUUUGGCCUAUGAGAAGUGGCUAUCUGAUGUAGAUGACAUUUGCAAAUUCAAUCUAGACCAGCCCCUCAUAAAACGUAACCUGGAAGAUGGUCUUCUGAGUGUGAAUUUCGAUCCCAAGCUAGUCGCAGUGUUACGGGAGGUGAAAUAUCUUCAAGUACAAAGUCAUGCAGAUAUACCCAAAGCUGCUUUAGGUAUCUUUGAAAAGAAAGAAAUCCUACAUAAAUAUAUAGGAAGAUUGGAUCUCCUAGUUCAGUGGUACAAUAAGCUGCAGCAAACCAUAUUGGAAGUAGAAUACCCCUUGAUUAAAGAGGACAUGGCGGCCAUUAAUGAACAGCUAAGAGAUGCGGAGACACGCUAUACAUGGAAUCGGGAGGACUGCUGGGAUUACAUUGUUCAAGUAAAAUCAGUAGUCUAUGACUUGGAGAGGAGAGUGCAGAAAUCUAAGGACAACAUAACGGCAAUGCAGCAAAUCAUGAACGCGUGGGCCGAGCAAGCACUGUUCUCACGGAAAGAUAACAAGAAAGAAACCCUGAUUAAUCUAGAAGACAAAACUGACCGAAUCAAUAGAAAAUAUAAGUCAGUCCAAGAAGACGGCAAUAAACUGCGCAGUUUAGCUGAGGAAAACAUGAAACUCUUGAAGGCUGUUCCAGAUGUGGACUCAUGGAAGAUAUACGUGGAAUACAUGGAUGACAUUGUGACAGAUGGCUUGUACAAUACCAUUUUCAACUCUUUACAGUUCUUUGUAGAGAACACAGAUGAAAAAUUAAAGCCGGCACCUUUAUUUGAGGCACAAAUGUCUCUUAAUGGCAGUGAAAUUGUAUUUAAGCCCUCAUUACAGAAAGAAGAUGGGGAAGGCCUCUACGACCUCAUGGAAGAACUUCUAGGUGACAUUUUUAAAAUGUCAGGACAAGUAAAGAGAAUUGCAAAACAUUUUGGAGCAGACAAUUACCAAAAUGACCUAGAUGAAAUGACAGACCUUGCAGAGAUACGACAAGAAAUUAUGGACAAGGUUACCAUGGUUAUCGACAAAGUCUUGGAUUAUAGAAGCACAUAUGACUCCUAUUCCUAUCUGUGGACAGAUGACCGGUCCGAGUUCAUGAGGCAAUUCCUAUUGUAUGGACAUGUGUUAACACCUGAAGAAAUUGAGUCUCAUGUUGAUGAUGGGGUUCCAGAAAAUCCUCCUUCCAUUGAGCAGUUUAAAGAACAGAUUGACAUCUAUGAAAGGCUUUACACUCAGAUCUUUUCUUCUGAAGACACCAAGGUCUUUGAAUGCUGGUUCAGGCUAGAUUUGAAGCCCUUUAAAAUGAGUAUGCUUGUUACCAUUAGGAAAUGGAGCUGGAUGUUUAAAGAACAUCUUCUUAGAUUUGUUGUUGACAGCUUGACAGAGCUGGAGGAAUUUAUUAAGGAGACUGACUCUGGUCUGCAGCAGAAGGUGCCAGAAGGUAAUUAUACUGCACUUGUUGACGUCAUGGAGCAUCUCUUGGCUGUGAGAGACCGGCAGGCAGCAACUGAUGAGCUCUUUGACCCUAUCAAGCAGACCAUCAUACUGUUAGAAAGCUAUGGACAAAAACUGCCAGACCUGGUUUACACACAGCUGGAGGAGCUGCCAGAGAAGUGGAACAAUACCAAAAAAACAGCAAUUACUGUGAAGCAUGAUCUGGCCCCCCUACAGAUAGCAGAGGUUUCUGUCAUCAGGAAAAGAUGUGUUGCUUUUGAUAUGAAACAGAUCAGUUUUAGAGAAACAUUUUGUUUGGAAGCUCCAUUCUCAUAUGGUGCACAAAUGCCGUAUACACUUCUGGACAAGGCCAACCGGGAUCUGCGUGACUUGGAGCAGGAAGUGAGACUCAUACAAGAAUCCGCAAAUCUGUUUGAAGUGGCAGUUCCGGAUUACAAGCAGAUGAGGAAGUGCCGCGAAGAGAUAAAAUUACUUAAGGAAUUGUGGGAUAUUAUAUAUAAUGUUCAGUCCAGCAUCACUGAUUGGGUUAAAACGCAGUGGAGGCAGAUUAACGUGGAACAGAUGGAUGUUGAACUCAGGAGGUUUUCAAAGGAAAUCUGGUCACUGGACAAGCAGGUCCGCUCCUGGGAUGCGUAUGCAGGCUUAGAUAUGACUGUGAAAAACAUGAUCACAUCUUUGCGAGCUGUAACUGAUCUACAGAACCCAGCUAUUCGUGACCGGCACUGGCACCAGCUUAUGAUUGCCACCAAGGUGCAAUUUUCAAUGACUGAGCAAACCACAUUGUCAGACUUGCUUGCUCUUCAGCUGCAUAAAGUGGAAGAUGAGGUCCGGAACAUUGUGGACAAAGCUGUGAAAGAGAUGGGCACUGAGAAAAUACUUACAGAGAUAAGUCAGACCUGGACCACACUGGAGUUCUCCUAUGAAAAGCACUAUCGUACAGGAACGCCGCUGAUAAAAACAGACGAGCAGCUAUUUGAGACUUUGGACAGCAACCAGGUGCAGUUGCAGGCAAUUAUGCAAAGCAAGUAUGUGGAAUAUUUUAUUGAGCAAGUGUCCAGCUGGCAGAAGAGACUAAACCUGGCUGACUCAGUGAUUUACAUUUGGAUGGAGGUCCAGCGUACUUGGUCUCAUCUAGAAAGCAUAUUUAUUGGUUCUGAAGAUAUAAGAAACCAACUACCGGAUGACGCUAAGCGCUUUGAUGGAGUGGAUGCAGACUUCAAGGAGUUAAUGUUUGAGACAGAGAAAAUAAGGAAUGUGUUGGAUGCAACAAACAGACCCAAGCUUUAUGAAACUCUAGAUGAAUUGCAGCGGAGACUUUCUCUGUGUGAGAAAGCUCUGACUCAGUAUUUGGAAACAAAGCGCCUGGCCUUUCCACGCUUUUACUUUGUGUCCUCCGCAGACUUACUGGACAUUCUGUCAAAAGGAACGCAGCCCAAACAGGUGACCCGUCACUUAGCUAAGCUUUUCGACAACAUCGCUGAUCUUCAGUUCCAAGAGCAUGCUGAGAGUGAGGCAACGGGAAUGUACAGCAAGGAGAAGGAGUUUGUGCCAUUCAACGUCAACUGCCAGUGCACUGGACAGGUGGAGCAUUGGCUGAAGAAUGUGGAAGAUACAAUGUGUGAAACUGUGCGCCACCACAUUGCAGAGGCCGUGGCGGCAUAUGAGGACAAGCCGAGGGAUCAGUGGAUAUUUGACUAUCCAGCUCAGGUUGCACUGACCAGUUACCAGAUUUGGUGGACCAUUGAUGUCGGAAUUGCUUUUGAAAGAUUGGAGGAGGGAUUUGAAACCGCACUAAAGGAUUACAACAAGAAACAGAUUACUCAGUUAAAUGCCCUGAUUACCAUGUUACUGGGAGAACUCACAGCUGGAGACAGACAGAAGAUCAUGACCAUAUGUACAAUAGAUGUCCAUGCCAGAGAUGUGGUGGCUAAGCUUAUCAUGCUUAAGGUGAGCAACUCUCAAGAUUUUGCUUGGUUGUCUCAACUUCGGCACCGUUGGGACGACAAACAAAAGCAUUGCUUUGCUAAUAUCUGUGACGCCCAGUUCCAGUACUCCUACGAAUAUUUGGGAAACACACCCAGAUUGGUUAUUACACCCUUGACUGACAGGUGCUAUAUCACCCUGACUCAGUCUCUCCAUCUGACUAUGAGCGGUGCUCCUGCGGGCCCAGCCGGAACUGGCAAAACUGAAACCACUAAAGAUUUAGGACGGGCCCUUGGGGUUAUGGUGUAUGUUUUCAACUGCUCUGAACAGAUGGAUUAUAAAUCUGUAGGAAACAUAUAUAAAGGUCUGGCUCAGACAGGAGCUUGGGGCUGUUUUGAUGAAUUCAACAGGAUCGCAGUAGAAGUUCUGUCAGUGGUUGCGGUACAAGUGAAAAGCAUUCAGGAUGCCAUUCGCAAUAAGAAAAAGAGAUUCGUAUUCCUUGGAGAAAACAUCACACUGAAAGCAUCAGUGGGAAUAUUUAUCACUAUGAAUCCUGGUUACGCUGGCCGCACGGAACUGCCGGAGAAUCUCAAGGCUCUCUUCAGGCCGUGUGCCAUGGUUGUGCCAGACACAGAGCUGAUCUGUGAAAUAAUGCUGAUAGCGGAGGGGUUCCUUGAUGCCCGGCCAUUAGCCAGGAAAUUUAUUACCCUUUACACACUGUGCACGGAGCUGCUUUCUAAACAGGAUCACUAUGACUGGGGCCUACGAGCAGUUAAAUCUGUUCUAGUUGUGGCAGGUUCCUUAAGACGAGGUGACAGUAACCGACCGGAAAACCAGGUGCUCAUGCGGGCUUUGCGGGACUUCAAUUUGCCGAAGAUAGUAACAGAUGAUGUCCCGAUAUUCAUGGGGCUGAUCAGUGACCUGUUUCCAGCGCUGGAUGUUCCGAGGAAGAGGGACCUGCACUUUGAACAGAUGGUUAAACAGUCUAUGCUGGAGCUUCGCUUGCAGCCCGAGGAGAGCUUUAUUCUCAAAGUUGUUCAGCUGGAGGAGCUGCUUGCUGUCCGUCACUCCGUCUUUGUGGUUGGAAAUGCGGGAACAGGAAAGAGCAAGGUAUUAAAGACUCUAAACCGGACAUACUUGAACCGCAAACAGAAGGCCGUGUGGAAUGAUUUGAACCCAAAAGCUGUGACCACUGAUGAACUAUUUGGCUUUAUCCACCCGAGCACAAGAGAGUGGAAAGACGGUCUGUUUUCUAGUCUUAUGAGGGAACAGGCCAACAUAAGUCACGAUGGUCCUAAGUGGAUAGUCCUUGAUGGCGACAUUGAUCCUAUGUGGAUUGAAUCCCUGAAUACAGUUAUGGAUGACAAUAAGGUCCUGACACUCGCAAGCAACGAGCGAAUCCCUCUAACUCCAAUGAUGCGUUUGGUUUUUGAGAUUCAUCAUUUGAAGACUGCAACGCCUGCCACUGUAUCUAGAGCAGGAAUCCUAUAUGUCAACCCCCAGGACCUUGGCUGGAAUCCGUAUGUGGCCAGCUGGAUAGAAACCAGAAAUAGCCAAACUGAAAAAGCCAAUUUGACUAUUCUGUUUGACAAGUAUGUGCCCCUGUGUCUGGAGCAGUUCCGCGCCGGCCACUUUAAGACCAUCACGCCCAUUUCAGAGAACAGCAUGGUGCAGACUCUGUGCUCUCUACUGGACUGUCUGUUGACCCCAGACAAUGUCCCACCAGACUCGGCAAGAGACUUAUACGAGUUAUAUUUUGUCUUCGCCUGUAUCUGGGCCUUUGCUGGGGCCCUGCACAAAGACCAGCUAAUGGAUUACAGAGCUGAGUUUAGUCACUGGUGGAUGAAAGAAAUGAAAGCUGUGAAAUUUCCGGCCCAAGGAACAGUUUUUGAUUAUUACUUGGAUAACAAAACCAGGAAAUUCCUCCCAUGGAGUGAAAAAGUCCUAAAAUUUGAAAUGGAACCAGAGACCCCUCUGCAGGCUGUCUUCGUCCAUACCUCUGAGACCACGUGCCUCGGAUAUUUCACUGAUCUACUGAUACAAAGAGCUAAGCCAGUAAUGCUGGUGGGAGGCGCCGGAGUGGGAAAAACCGUGUUUCUCCAUGAUAGACUGGCUACCCUGUCUGAUCACUACAUGAUAUCCAAAGUCCCAUUCAACUACUAUACCACAUCCGCUGCCCUGCAAAGGAUCCUUGAGAAGUCUUUGGAGAAGAAAGCAGGACGUAACUAUGGGCCAAUAGGAAACAAAAAGCUGGUGUAUUUCAUUGAUGACAUGAACAUGCCUGAGGUUGACAAGUAUGGAACCGUCCAGCCUCAUGCCCUGAUUAGGCAGCACCUUGAUUAUGGGCACUGGUAUGAGCGGCAAAAGAUGACUCUGAAAGAAGUCCACAAUUGCCAGUAUGUUGCUUGCAUGAACCCGACCGCCGGGAGUUUUGCCAUCAAUCAGAGACUACAGCGACAUUUUACAGUUUUUGCUGUAAAUUUUCCUUCCAAUGAUGCCCUGGAAGCCAUCUUUGCCAAGAUCCUUAGUUUCCACUUUCAGCAGCACGCAUUCCACCCAUCUAUUCUCCGAACUGGUCCUACUGUGAUCCAGGCUGCAAUGUGGCUCAGCCAGAAAAUGGUGCAGAACUUCCUUCCAACUGCAAUCAAAUUUCAUUAUAUUUUUAACCUGAGAGACAUCUCUAACAUUUUCCAGGGAAUUUUGUUUGCUACCCCAGAUUGCCUGAAACAGCCCAACGACCUGGUUCUGCUGUGGCUUCAUGAGUCCUCUCGAGUUUAUGGGGACAAGAUGGUUGAAGCGAAGGAUUGUGAAUUAUUUAAAAAACUAAUUUAUGACACAGCGAGGAAAUAUUUUGAAGGUACAGAAGACCAUGUCUUGUUUAAGCAGCCGCUUAUAUAUUCUCACUUUGCCAGUGGGGCUGGAGCCGCUUCUUAUAUGCCGGUGCCAGGGUGGGAUGACCUAAGGAAAAUGCUUGUUGAAGCCCUUGACAGCUACAAUGAGCUCAAUGCAGCCAUGAAUCUGGUCCUGUUUGAGGAUGCGAUGCAGCAUGUUUGUCGAAUAAGUCGCAUUUUGGAGGCGCCGCGGGGUUACGCGUUACUGAUUGGAGUGGGCGGCAGUGGCAAACAGAGUCUGUCUAAACUGGCUGCGUUCCUCGGCUCUCUAGAAGUGUUUCAGAUCACUUUAAAAAAUGGGUAUGGAAUCCAAGACCUGAGGGUGGAUCUUGCCAAUUUGUACAUCAGGACUGGAGCCAAGAACAUGCCCACUGUGUUUUUGCUGACAGAUGCCCAUGUUCCAGACGAACGCUUUCUCGUUCUGAUUAAUGACUUGUUGGCAUCAGGAGAGGUGCCUGACCUGUUCAGCGAAGAAGAGAUAGACACCAUUGUAUCCGGGAUCCGAAACGAAGUGCGAGGUCUUGGGCUGGAUGACUCCAAAGAAGGUUGCUGGAAGUUCUUUUUGGAAAGAGUCCGGCUUCAGCUUAAAGUCAUUUUGUGCUUCUCUCCAGUUGGUUCCACCCUACGUGUUCGGGCUCGGAAAUUCCCAGCCAUAGUUAACUGCUCAUCUAUUGACUGGUUCCAUGAGUGGCCACAAGAGGCCUUGCAGUCUGUCAGCAGGAGGUUCAUUCAAGACACAGAGGGAAUUGAGUCAGAUGUCAAGGAGUCCAUCAGCCAAUUUAUGGCAUAUGUUCACACCAGCGUCAAUGAGAUCAGUACAAAAUACUAUCAGAAUGAGAAGCGGUAUAAUUAUACCACACCAAAGAGUUUCCUGGAGCAAAUAACAUUGUACAAAAACCUACUGGACAGAAAAAGGAAGGAGUUAUCUCAGAAAAUGGAGCAUCUACAGAAUGGGCUGCAGAAGCUGAAAACCACAGCGUCGCAGGUAGAAGACCUAAAAGCCAAACUUGCUUCUCAGGAGGCAGAACUGAAGCAGAGAAACCAGGAUGCUGAAGCUCUGAUUGCUAAAAUAGGGCUUCAGACGGAGAAAGUGAGUCAGGAAAAGGCCAUUGCCGACGCCGAGGAGCAGAAGGUUGCAUCAAUACAAUUAGAGGUGUCUGCAAAACAGAAGGAAUGUGAGGACGACCUACAGAAAGCGGAACCAGCACUAGUUGCAGCUACAGCUGCUCUGAACACCCUUACAAAGGUAAACCUCACGGAGCUUAAGACAUUCUCCAAUCCUCCUGCUGCAGUCAUUAACGUGACUGCUGCUGUUAUGGUUCUGCUGGCACCCAGAGGCAGGGUUGCUAAGGACAGAAGCUGGAAGGCCUGCAAGGUGUUCAUGGGAAAGAUUGAUGAUUUUUUGCAAGCGCUAGUAAACUAUGACAAGGAGCACAUCCAUGACAACAGCUUAAGGACGAUGAAAGAACAGUACCUGAAAAACCCAGAGUUUAACCCUGACCUGGUUCGUACAAAGUCCUUUGCAGCGGCUGGUCUCUGUGCUUGGGCCAUCAAUAUUGUGAAAUAUUAUGAGGUUUAUUGUGAUGUGGAACCAAAGCGAGUAGCACUUUCCCAAGCCAACAGUGAUCUCAAAGGAGCUACUGAAAAACUUGAUGCAAUUCGGAAAAAGCUUCAUGACCUUGACAACAAUUUGAAGAGACUCACACAGUCAUUUGAGAAGGCAACAGGCGAGAAGCUCCGGUGUCAGGAAGAAGUAAACCGUACAAAUACCACCAUAGAGCUGGCCAACAGACUUGUAAAGGGGCUAGAGUCUGAAAAUGUUCGCUGGAGUGAAUCCAUCAAGAGCUUUGAAGCCCAGGAAAAGACAUUAUGUGGCGAUGUUUUGCUGACUGCUGCUUUUGUCUCAUAUGUGGGGUGUUUUACGAAACGCUAUCGUCAGGAGCUGAUGAAACAAAUGUGGCUUCCGUUCCUCAAAUCACAAAAGGUAGCGAUUCCAAUAUUUGAAGGUCUGGACCCAAUUGCCAUGUUGACUGAUGAUGCUACGGUAGCAGCCUGGAAUAAUGAAAGUCUGCCUGGGGAUAGAAUGUCAACAGAAAAUGCCACCACUUUAAUAAACUGCGAGCGAUGGCCUCUUAUGAUAGAUCCACAACAGCAAGGCGUCAAAUGGAUUAAGAAUAAAUAUGGAACUGCCUUAAAAAUUAUAAAUUUAGGACAGAAAGGCUAUUUGAAUACAAUUGAAAAUGCAUUGGCGUCUGGUGAUACUGUUCUAAUUGAAAAUUUGGAUGAAACAAUUGAUCCAGUUCUUGACCCUCUUUUGGGAAGAAACACCAUUAAACGUGGCCGGUAUAUUAAGAUAGGGGACAAAGAAUGUGAAUACAGCAAGAACUUCCGGUUAAUUCUUCAAACAAAGCUGGCAAAUCCACACUACAAGCCUGAGCUCCAGGCGCAGACCACACUCAUUAACUUCACAGUCACCACAGAUGGGCUGGAGGACCAGCUGCUGGCGGAUGUGGUCAGCGUGGAGAGACCAGAUCUGGAGAACUUAAAGUCUAUGUUAACGAAGCAGCAAAAUGAAUUUAAAAUAGAACUGAAGCGCCUGGAAGACGAGCUGCUGAUCCGCCUCUCCGCAGCAGAGGGCAACUUCUUAGGUGACAUGGAGCUCGUGGAGAAACUUGAGUCCACUAAAUCCACCGCCGCCGAGAUCCAGCUCAAGGUGGUUGAAGCAAAAGAGAAUGAGAUCAAAAUUAAUGAAGCCAGAGAACACUACAGGCCUGCAGCAGCCAGGGCGUCACUCCUGUAUUUUGUUAUGAGUGAUCUCAGUAAAAUAAAUCCAAUUUACCAGUUCUCACUAAAGGCUUUUAAUGUAGUAUUCCAUAAAGCCAUUGGGCGUGCAGAACCAUCAGAAGAUGUAAAAGAGAGGGUGGCAAACCUUACUGAGUGUAUAACAUACUCUGCUUUCCUCUACACAAGUCAGGGGCUUUUUGAAAAGGACAAGCUCACAUUUCUAUCCCAGACGGCAUUUCAGAUUCUUCUGAAAUUGAAGGAAAUCGAUUUUUUGGAACUAGAUUUUCUGCUACGGUUUCCUGUUGAUCAUGUGUACCGCAGUCCUGUCGACUUUUUGUCUGUGCAGUCAUGGAGUGCCAUCAAGAUGAUGUCUACACUGGAGGAAUUCAGAGGGUUAGACAGAGAUAUUGAGGGAUCAGCAAAGCGGUGGAAGAAGUUGGUGGAUUCGGAAUGUCCGGAGAAGGAAAGAUUCCCGCAGGAGUGGAAAAACAAAAGCUCAUUACAAAAGCUGAUAAUACUGAGAGCGCUGCGCCCAGACAGAAUGACCUACGCAAUAAGAAAUUUUGUGGAGGAAAAACUAGGAUCAAAAUAUGUGGAGGGUGCACGACAAGAUUUGGCCAAAUCCUAUGAAGAAACCAAUCCAGCAACACCUGUGUUCUUCAUCCUUUCACCUGGGGUGAACCCUCUGAAAGACUUGGAGACACUGGGCAAGAAGCUUGGCUUCACCAUCGAUUCUGGAAAAUUCCAUAACAUAUCACUGGGUCAGGGACAAGAGAAGGUAGCAGAGGAAACUAUGGAGAAAGCUGCAGAGCAAGGACACUGGGUGAUCCUGCAGAAUGUUCACUUAGUAGCCAAAUGGUUGGUGACGUUGGAAAAGCUCCUUGAAAAGUACAGCACAGGGAGCCAUGAGGAUUACCGGAUCUUCAUCAGUGCGGAGCCAGCAUCCUCCCCAGAAGAACAUAUUAUUCCUCAGGGAAUACUACAGAACUCCAUCAAAAUCACUAAUGAGCCCCCCAGUGGAAUGCUGGCUAACUUACAUUCCGCACUCUACAAUUUCGAUCAGGAUACUCUGGAGAUGUGUGCCAGAGAGCAUGAAUUCAAGAGCAUCCUCUUCUCUCUCUGCUACUUUCAUGCCUGUGUUGCUGGGAGACUAAAGUUUGGUCCUCAGGGCUGGAACCGCAGCUAUCCUUUCAAUGCUGGAGACCUGACUAUAUGUGUCAAUGUUCUAUACAACUAUCUGGAAGCCAACACAAAGGUGCCUUGGGAAGAUCUACGUUACCUGUUUGGAGAAAUCAUGUAUGGUGGCCACAUAACUGAUGACUGGGACAGGAGACUAUGUCGCACAUACUUAGAGGAGUUUAUGAGCACAGAAAUGCUGGAUGGCGAGCUGUCCCUAGCUCCUGGCUUUGUAGCGCCACCAAAUCUGGAUUACACUGGAUACCACGAUUAUAUUGAUAAAAUGCUGCCAGCAGAAAACCCUGUCUUGUAUGGACUGCAUUCAAAUGCAGAGAUAGAAUUCCUAACGGUGACAUCCGAUAACCUGUUCAAGACUAUCCUGGAAAUGCAACCUAAAGAUAUGCUGAUUGGUGAAGGGUCUGGACUGUCUGCAGAGGAAAAGGUUAAGAAUGUCCUUGAUGACAUUCUGGAGAAGCUGCCAGAAGAAUAUAAUCUGCAGGAGAUUAUGCAGAAGACAGCAGAGAGAAAUCCAUACAUCCUGGUGUGUUUCCAGGAAUGUGAGAGGAUGAAUGUCCUCAUGAAAGAGAUCCGGAGAUCACUGAAAGAGCUGGACCUAGGACUGAAGGGAGAGCUGACUAUUUCCCCAGCUAUGGAAGCACUGCAGCUCGCACUGUACUAUGACAGUGUUCCUGACUCAUGGACAAAGCUGGCUUAUCCAUCCACAUUUGGCUUGGGGCAUUGGAUUAAUGAUCUUCUCUUGCGCUGCCGAGAACUGGAUAUGUGGACACAAGAUCUGGUAUUACCAGCGGUGGUCUGGCUCUCUGGAUUUUUUAACCCACAGUCCUUUUUGACAGCAAUUAUGCAGAGCAUGGCUCGGAAGAAUGAAUGGCCUUUGGAUAAAAUGUGUUUAACCAUUGAUGUGACAAAGAAGAUGAAAGAUGACUUUGGACACCCCCCACGUGAGGGAGCAUAUAUCCACGGACUGUUUAUGGAAGGUGCCAGGUGGGACAUUCAGACAGGUGUGAUAUCAGAGGCACGUCUCAAAGAGCUGACCCCUUCUAUGCCUGUCAUUUACGUCAGAGCCAUUCCAGUGGACAAACAAGAGCUGAAGAAUGUAUACGAAUGUCCUGUAUACAAAACAAAGAUCAGAGGUCCUACUUACGUUUGGACAUUUAACCUGAAAUCCAAGGAGAAGCCAGCUAAAUGGGUUCUUGCAGGCGUGGCCUUGUUACUGACGGUUUAGCUCUUGACCACAGAAUCAGCAAUAUUAAAUGAACUACCCAGCACGUGGCUUGGUGGUGGUUUUGGAAACUACCCAUUUUCAGUUUUUUAUAAGCCUCAGUUUAACUAAUGUGAACAGAACUCUGCUGAUUUCUGGCCUGCAUAACAUGUCAUUGUCACCAAGCACUACCUCCAUAUAAAAUUAUAGAAAUAUAAAAAAUAAAAAAAAAAACCUUCUAAAAAUUAUAAGUAAAGCAUUUACAAGUCAACAUAUUCAAGGUUAUAUAGCAGCUAAGAUACAAAAAAGACAUUAAUUGCAGUAGCACUGAUAAUGCACAAAGCUCUAUGUAAUUAUCAUCAACAGAAAAAAGUGGUAUUUAAAAAUAAAAACUUUUUUUUUU